UCAGGCUCAGACACUGUGACUGACUUGUUAUCUUAGACUUUGUAACUGGGUGCCAACGUGUAGCAUGUUCACGACCAGACACACAAACGGAGUUAAUUAUGACAGAAAACUCUCUUUCUUAUUUAAUACUAAUUUAUAUACUAAUAUUUGGUUCCUUUAUUUUGCUUUUUUCUUCCUUUUCCUCCUUUUUUUUUUAGCUUAGUAAUGUACACGGACUUUGAGACGCCCCUAGCGGCUAAAUAAAUCCUCCAUCCUCUAACUCGCCAUGGACCUGUGCUGUGACAGACUUAUAAUGUUAUUGACAAUUUUCUUGAUAUAUUGUAUAUCCAUAAGUGACUGUUUUGAGAUGAAAACGAUAUAUUGCACCAUAUCUGACAGCUGUGACUGCGACUUUAAACCAAACAUACAAGGCUUGGAGUGGGACCUUUAUAAAAAUCUGUAUGGACAACAUCUGGUGCAGGACAUUGUGUCCGAGUCAGUGGCGAGCUUCCUGCAGAAGCAGAAUCCAGACAGGCCGCUGGUUCUUUCCUUCCACGGAGCAUCAGGCACUGGAAAGAGCAUGGUGAGCGCCAUGCUGGCCCGUCACCUGUACGGCACCUCCAUGGGCAGCCCUUACAUCCAUCAGUACAUCCCCACACUGCACUUUCCCCUCGCUGAUCGUGUCAAGCAAUACAGGUCAGAUUUGAAGCACUGGGUACAGGGGAACCUCACAGCCUGUGCUCGCUCUGUUUUCAUCUUCGAUGAGAUGGAGAAGAUGCCUCCUGGAGUGAUUGAUGUUCUGGAACCAUUCCUCGGGCCUUCGCAUGUUGUUUUCCAGACCAACUACCGCAAGGCCAUCUAUAUUUUUAUUACUACGGCAGGUCAGGAAGUCAUUAACAAAGUGGCCCUGGAGAACCGGCAGGCAGGACAAGACAGGGAGGAAAUUCAGGCAGAGCAACUGGAGGAGGCUAUUGCAGACUCUGUAUACAACAAUAAAAAGAGUGGAUUCUACCAUUCGAAAAUAAUCUCUGCAAAGAGAAUAACCCGCUUUGUGCCCUUUCUGCCCUUGUGUCGGCGACACGUGGAGCGCUGUGCCCAGCGGGAACUGUGCCAGCGUGGCGAGUGCCAGCGCAGAGACGUGUCAGCGGCAGUAGGGGGCGCCAUGUCCUACACACCACAGGAUGGGCAGCACUUCUCAAGCACCGGCUGCAAGCUGGUACCUGCUAAAGUCAAUCUCUUCCUAUGAGCCAUGGGAGUGAUAGGAGUGGACAUAACAGGAACAUCGGACCAGCUGGUGUUCAUCUGUGCCAGUGCGCAGGAGCAGACUUUGCUUUUAUAAGGACACUGGUUCUGCAUGAACAGGCCCAAAAAUACAGCAGAAGUACAGCUCUGACGACUGGCUCUAAGGUAAGUGUACAGGAACGAAUUAAAUGCUGACUAUCAAGGGAUCAAUCCAAGUAUAUAAGGAUGCAGUUAAAGGACCUUGCAGCCGAGGAUUGCCUCUAUGAAACGGGAAGUAUUUCCACAGCUGCUCUGUGUGUACCAAACACACAGCAGUUAUGCUGCUGAUCAGUGUAAGGGAACAGAUGUACAGAGCUGCAGUCAGCUGACUGGACAGAUUUGUUCAAUUAAAAGGGAGUGACUUUGUCUAACUGCAAGAUAUUUUUAGCUGACUUUGUACAACCUUUUAAGUGUUAUUUAUAAAUCAGAAAUAUUGGUGAGUAUAAUUAGUGAUAUUAUAGAAGGAACAUGAUACCAAUCCAAAGUUUGGACACACCUAUUAUCAAUCAAUUAUUUAUUAUUUUAUUACUUUUGCCUCAUUUUAGAAUACUAGAAAAUUAUACAGUGACCAAAUAAGGGUUUUAAGUUUUUGUUUGUGGGUGCCAUGUCCAGUAUUUCGAAAUUUAAUUCGAAAAAAUGUACAUGGCCAGUAACAGAGUGUAACUAUUUAUACAUACACUUCAACCAAAUGUCUACAGAAUCUUAAACAUGAAUUCAGUUUUGUCUAAACUUUUGACUGGUACUGAAUGUGGCAAAUGAAGUACUAUAUUUUACUGUCUUUUACAAUAAGUGCAAAUAUUCAUUUGUACCACUCAAAAGUGAGACGUCUCAGUUCUUCUUUUAUUGUGAAUAUUUAACUCGCGUAUAAAAGUAAAGAUUAUUGGAAUGUUAAUUAUUUCAAUGUAUUUUAUAUUGUGAACCAUUGAGAUAAGAGUUUUUCUUUUAGGCUAAGACAGGUGUUGUCUAAAAAUCACUCGGGUUUGCAGUCAGACGAGCUUCUGUCUCAGUGUGAAAGCUGUGAUCUGCCACAUACUGUGUCGAAAAGUAUGUCUUGGGUACCUAUUUAAAUAAAGUACUAACGUAGUCUCACCCAGUGCAAGGUUUCAUACAAAGCUUCUGAGAAGCUUUAAAUGUUCAAAUUUACGUGUGUGUGGAACUUCUAAUUCAAGUCUGGUAUUUUUAUUCCUUAAAUGUAUUGAUCAUACAAGUUGCUUUCAUUGAACACAGUACUGAACUCAAAAAUCAUUUUGAAUAAAUUACUUUUUUGUCACGGGCAGAAUUGGCAAAUGCUAUCAGAAUGAUCGCGUAUGUUCUCUUGGUCCCAUGUAAUUUAUGUUGAUAAUGAUAUUUCUCUGUCAUGGCUACCAUGUGUUAUUUAUUUGAGCUGAUUUAUUGGAAAUUCACAAAGUGAAAAAAGAAAUACAGUAAUGUGCUUGAAACAGAUUAAAAACUUGAAAAUCGUA